AGCGCCGCAGGCGGCGCCGCCCCGGCAGCCGGCGGCGGCGACGAGGACAACCCCCUGCCGCACCACGUGGAUCCCGUAACCCUAGAGCCCGUGGUGGCGCCCGCCAUCAGCCCCUACGGCCACGUCAUGGGCCUGGCGACGUGGCGGGCGGUGCUGUCGGACGGCCGGCGCUGCCCCUUCACCAAGCGGCCGCUGCGGCCGGAGCAGCUGGUCGUGCUGACGCGGGCCAACGUGGAGCGGUACCGUGACGUCAUAGUGCGCCGGUGGUGGGUGGCAGAGCGUAGUGACGGCUGCAGGGCUGGUGGUGGCCCGAUCCAGACAUGUGUGAGCGAGGAGGCGGGUUACAGGCGAUGGGAGCGCGCGCUUGGCGACGCGAGCGAAGACGCGUUUGUCACCGCAGCGCUGUCAGAGGCGGUGGAGCUGGCGCGGCACGCGCAGCGGCUGGCGCAGCAGCAGGCCCGUGCGGAGCUUCAGCAGGGCUGGAUCGCGGGCGGCGCGGCGGACGCGGAGGCAGGAACAUGCGCAGAUGAACGCCCUGAGGCCCUGUUGUCUUUUCUGCAGGAGCAGGGACUGAGUAGCAGGCAGGCCGAGCAAGUGCUGUCUGCCCUGAUGCCUGGCCCCCUGGACUGCAGCGACACCAGUGGCGGCGCCGGCAAGGCACAGCGGCCGCAAGGGCGGCUGUCGAGGGGCCGGCUGGAGGCGCAGUGGGCGUCGCUGCAGCGCGUGCUAGCGGGCGGCGAUGUCGUGGCUAUGGUCGCCUGCGAGCCGCGCCUGCUGCAGGCCGCCAGCGGUGACCUGGUUGGGGCACUGGUGCACCUGGUGGCGGCGUUCCCUGGCAUUGACGCGGCCGACAUCGUGCAGCGGCGCCCGGGGCUACUGCUGCUGGACGACCUGUCAGCGCGCUGCGAGCGCGCGGUCUCCAAGCUCAUGCAGCUGCACCCCUCUGGAGACCGCGGCAUCGUCUCAGCCCUCAUCAAGGAGAAUCCUAGCCUCAUUGUGAGGAUGGAUUACUACCAAGACGCCCGCACCCUUGACGACCUGCCGAUCGAGAUCCAAAACGUGAGCGCCGGCGUGCACACGUCCCCCUGGUCGCACGCCCUGGCUGGCGCUGUGCCGACCUGUCCCCCAAAACACGCACCCGCCACUGCCGCGGCGCCCGUCUUUGCCGCGCAGUGGAUGGUGCCAGGCGGCCAAGCGGGCAUCGGGUGGCUGUACCGCUAUUGGGCGCAGAAGAAGCAGUAG